AUGAAGUGCAGGAUCCAUCCCUAUGAGUACGGUGACGGCGUCUGCGCCUCCUGUCUCCGGGAGCGUCUUCUCACCCUCAUUUCAGCCCAAAAUGAGCUCUCCGCCACCAACUCUGCCUACCGGAGGUUCGACCUUGCUGCUUCCGGAUCGGAUCCGCCUCCUCCUCGUCGAGCCCCUUCUCCUCACAUUUUUCACCGCCGAUCCGUCGGAAUCGAGGCCUCCCCCGCCCACUCCCGCGACUUCCGUCGCUUCUUCAGCACCCCGCAGGCCGGCCCCGCCUUUAGGGCGGCAAACGGUGGCGGAUCGUUGGGAGAUCUCGAUGGCGGUAACAUCCGGAAGCAAAGAUUCUGGACUUUGAAAUCCCUCUUUAGGCGCCGCAGAUCGGAGAAGGUGGAGCCCGAUUUGGGGCCUUGCGAGGGACCGUCCUCGAGUUUUUGGCUCUCAACGCUGAUUCGUGGCCGGCGAAACAAUAACCCUAAGAAGAAGCCACAGCUCUCUGGCGAGGAGGAGUCGACGCGGCCGUCGCGGCGGCCGCGGAGGUCUGGCCGCUGUUCGGACAGGGGAAUGUCGCCGGCGAUGGACGACGAGGAUAACUUCGAUUUAGAAUCCUCAACUGACUCCUCGUGGAGGAGAGCGACCCCCUCACCGAUGCGAAGGUUCUCGGCGAACCCUCGUCCGCCUCGUAGCGUCAGCGCGGUCUCGGGGCUCUCCGUAUGCCUCAGCCCACUUGUGAGUUUCGGGCAAGAGGCGAGACGAAGCCAUCCGACGGAUUUGGGGAUGUCCGGUGAGCUUCGCAGCCCCGUAAGUUCCACCCACCGCCGGACUCCGGCUGCCGGGAUCUCCACUCUCGCGCCCAACCGGUCGAGGAAGCUCUCUGACAUUGGUAGGUUCAAAUGA